AUGCAGCUGAAGAAGAUGGCAAAAAAGUCCUCUAAGGAGCUGCGUAGCCUUAUCGAUGAAUGUUCAAGACAUAUGGAAAACCUGAAGUUCCACGAACAGCACCUGUUAGGAGUUUCGGAGAUUAUCAUAGUCCAUAUUCUAUCAGGUGCCCUCGAUCAAGAAACAAGGGAGUUAUGGGAAGGUACGAUCGACCAUGGAGACCUCCCGAAGUAUGUGGAAACUAUGGAAUUCGUUAGAAAGCGGUGUCUCGUACUGGAGCGGUGCGAAUCGUCGGCACCAUCGGUGCCUUUUAUCAAGCAAGCAGCUACCAAGGCACCACCAAGCAAAUCAUCGAAAAUAUCUGCUGCAACCACAGUGUCUAGCGAGAUCGUCCGUGAGCUGUGCGGUGGAGACCAUCCGAAUUUCAAAUGCAGCACUUUUCACAGCAGGAGCGUUGCGCAACGAUUGGUUAAAGUGAAGGAAGCCAGGGUUUGUUUCAACUGUCUGCGUAAGGGCCAUACGGGCAGGUCAUGUUCGUCCCAGAGAACGUGUUCAAAGUAUAACCAGAAGCACCACAGUAUGCUUCACCAGGAUCAGCCAGAAGCGCAAGUACCACAGAAGCCCAAGGACAAGCCAGAGGAGCUACCUGCAGCAAAAACGGAUGUUGCUGGCAGGAUCGAUCCAGAUCCACAGGAAAGUAGAAGUAGUGUUUCGGUAACAACGUCAUGUCUCGGUGGCGGGUUGUCACAAUCGGCCAAACAGGUGCUUCAGACAGCAGUUAUCGAUGUGGAGGAUGUACACGGUCAGCUUCAUCCUUUUCGUGCGCUGUUGGACUUGGGUUCACAGGCACAUAUCUUGUCGGAAUCGAUGGCACAACUUCUCGGUUUACCGACCCUGAAAUGCAACAUUACAGUGGUAGGAGCAAACGCAGUGAAGACUCAAGCAAAGAAAGGAUUGAACCUGAAUUUCUCGUCGAGGUACUGCUCGCUUCAAGGCAACAUCACAUGCCUAAUUUCGGAAAGACCGACUGGGAAUCUACCGUCAAUAGCGAUUGAUGUAUCUUCGUGGAACCUACCACAAGGGUUGCAGCUAGCGGAUCCAGAGUUUUUAAAGCCACGCGAAAUCGAUUUGGUGCUUGCUUCUAAUUACGUCUGGGAUUUGCUUCGAACCAAGAAGGUGGUCCUGUCCAAUGGUGCAACGUCUCUACGAGAAACAGAUCUAGGCUGGAUCGUCACUGAUCUAGGUGAGAAAUUGGAAAAAUUUUGGUUCGUUGAGGAGGUGACUUUCAACACUGAAGAUCAAGAAAUUGAGCUACAUUUCCUGGAAACCUAG